AUCACAUGUUGCUAUGGUAACAUUAUAGGGUAAUAAUGUCAACACCUUUGGUACAAUUCUGAUUUACUUCAUGUUGACCUCCAUAAUUAAUACAGGUAAAAAAGUCUAAAAAUGCAACUGAAAUAUUUGCAAACAAUAGCUGAUGCACAGGUAAUAUAGUUCAAUUGGAAUUUAAAUUGGUGUAGGCUCACAUUGCACAAUUUCUAGGAAUAUGAUUGUAAAGUAGUGGGUCUAGCAUGGUCUCCCAAUAACCAAAAGCUAGCUGUAGCAACAAUAGAUAGACAGGUUGUGCUAUAUGAUGAAAAAGGAGAAAAGAGAGAUCGUUUUUCUACCAAGCCAUUUGAUCCAGAGGCUGGAAAAAAAUCAUAUAUUAUUACAGGAAUUGCUUUUAGUCCAGACUCCACCAAAAUAGCAGUAGCUCAAAGUGACUGUAUUGUUUAUGUGUACAAGAUUGGAGAAAAAUGGGGCGAAAAAAAGGCAAUUUGUAACAAGUUCCCUCAACCGUCGCCGGUCACGUGCAUAAUUUGGUUAUUGACUGGACCUAUAAUUUGCGGUCUAGUCGAUGGAAAAGUUCGAGCACUUCAAAUAAAAUCCAAUAAAUCACAAAGCCUUUUUGCUUCAGAUAGCUUGGUGGUAUCUCUGGCGCCCAAUUCUAAAGGCACCGGGUUUCUAUCAGGUCACAUAGACGGUAACAUUAUCAGAUUUUACUUGACCAAUGAUCACAAUGAAGAUGAAGCCCAAGGAAGGAUAGUCGUCCAUUCAGCACCACCUUAUGCUUUGGCGUGGCCCCAGGGGUACAUUUUUGUCGGGGGUUGCGACAAAAGGGUCGCCGUAUUCAACAAUAAUGGAAAGUUGGUGAAAAACUUCGAUUACAGCAGGGACAAUGAUGAAUACGAGUUUACUGUAGCUGUGUGCAGCCCUAGUGGACAGGCUGUUGUCAUGGGUAGCUUUGACAGAAUCAGAUUGUAUAAUUACAACACAAGGCGAUCUUUAUGGGAAGAAACGGCUCCUAAAGAAAUAAAGAAUUUCUACACAAUUACGGCCCUGGCCUGGAAAAAAGAUGGUUCGAAAGUUACUUGUGGCGGUUUAUGUGGAGCAGUGUUUAUGUUUGAGACAGUGCUAAAGAGGACUAUUUGGAAAGACAAGUUUGAAAUUACGUACGUUGGUCCAAGCCAAGUAUUGGUGAAACCUUUGGAUACGAAUGAAAGAGGAGUUAUACUCAGAUCACAACAUGGCGGAGAAAUUGAAGAUGUUCGAAUCAUGGGUAAAGACUGUUACCUAGUUGCACGAACUGAAGAAACUCUUCUUGUUGCUGACUUGAGCAGAAAUCUUCUGAGUGAGGUACCUUGGAGCAAUUCUUUGCGUCACGAAAAAUUCUAUUUUGAAAAUCCGAAUGUCUGCCUAGUAUUCAACGCCGGAGAAUUGACAUUGAUCGAGUAUGGCGAUAACGACAUAUUGUGCUCUGUUAGAACUGAAUUCGCAAAUCCGCAUUUGAUAAGCGUUCGACUGAACGAAAGAAAUCCCGCUUCUGAAAACAAAAAACUGGCAUAUCUGUUGGAUUUGAAGACAAUUUGUAUUGUUGAUCUGGUGAACGGUUACAUGAUUGCACAGAUAAGUCAUGAUUCCAAGAUUGAUUGGUUAGAAUUGAAUGAGACUGGACAUCAUCUGUUAUUCAGAGAUAAAAAGCAAAGAUUGUUGCUGGUAGAUACGGUGACACAAUCUAAGCAAACUAUUUUCACUGGAGUGAGCUUCGUUCAAUGGAUAGAAAAUAGUGAUGUGGCUGUAGCGCAGUCAGGAAAUACUUUAGCGAUCUGGUAUAACAUUGAUCUUCCGGAAAACCCUACUCUGAUGGCCAUUAAAGGUGAUGUUACUGACGUUAUCAGAAACAAUUCCAAAACAGAAGCUAUAUGUGUUGAUGGCAACAACACUUUCAGUGUAGAGUUAGACGAAGGACUCGUGGAAUUUGGUACCGCGCUGAACGAUAACGACUUCAGCAGGGCAAUUCUUUUCUUGGAGAAUAUGGAAAACUCCUCAGAAGCAGAAGUGAUGUGGCAUACUCUUUAUGUGAUAGCUAUGAAGCAGCAGAAUCUAACGCUAGCAGACCGUUGCAGCAGCGCUUUAGGUGAUGUUGCCACAUCACAUUUUCUGCGUGAAACCAUGCAAACUGCACAGAAGUUUAUAGAAAAAUACAACGAGAAUCCCAACAAUAGUCCAGAUGUAUGGGCUAGGCUGUCGAUUUUAUAUGGGGAACUGGCAACUGCGGAAAAUAUUUAUUUAGAGCAGGGCAACAUUGAUGCGGCUUUGGAAAUGUACAAGAAGCUUCAUAAAUGGGAUGAAGCCAUAAGAUUGGCGGAACAAAGAAAUCAUGAAAAACUGGACGAACUGAAACAGGAGCGUAUGACUCUCCUAGUGCAAUCCGGUCAAUUUGAAAAAAUUGGUCAGAUUCUCGAAGGAGAAGGAAAGUACGAAGAAGCAUUGACCAUGUACGUAAAAUCCAACAAACUAUUAAGGAUACCAAAAUUACUAGAAAAGGAACCAAGUCUUUUAGAAGACCAUAGUGCUAUUGCCAAUGUUUUGAAAAGCUUAGUGAAACAGGAGCUAUUCGAAGCGGCUGCUGAAGUCUACGAAAAGUUGGACAAGCCAGACCUUGCGAUGGAGUGCUACAGAAAAGGUAAGGUGUGGAACAAAGCGGUAGACUUGGCCAGAACGGUAAGUCCAGACAAGGUUGUCCAACUAGAGGAGGAAUGGGGGGACAGUUUGGUAGAAAACAAGCAAAUGGACGCUGCGAUCAGUCACUAUAUUGAAGCUGGCUGCACAAUCAAAGCUCUUGACGCAGCUGUUGCUGCCAAACAAUGGAAAAAGGCUGUACACAUCGUGAAAGUGAUCGAAGAUGCUGAUACUGUCAAGAAGUACUAUGAGCUCAUCGCCAACCAUUUCGCUACAGCUAAGGACUAUACAACUGCUGAAAAACUAUACGCUGCUUGUGGCAUGUAUAAAGAAGCUGUCAGUAUGUAUAACGAAGCUGGCAUGUGGGAAAAAGCUCAUUCGUUAGCUUCAUUACACUUGGAGCCAGAAGAAGUGUCUGAUAUGUAUAUCAAACAUGCUGAACAACUGGAAGAAGCUGGCAAGUAUAGGGAAGCUGAAAAGUUGUAUCUUUCUAUAAACUCUCCAGAUCUAGCUAUAGCCAUGUACAAAAGAGUGGAACAGUAUGAUAAUAUGGUCAGACUAGUCGAAAGGUAUCACCCAAAUCUGCUUCACACGACUCAUUUACAUCUUGGCCAGCAACUGGAAAGCCAGGGCAAAUAUAGAGCAGCCGAAAUUCACUACUUAGCCGUGAAUGAAUGGAAAGCUGCUAUGAAUAUGUACAGAAGUCUAGGAAUGUGGGAGGAAGCUUAUAGGGUAGCAAAGCAAAAUGGAGGAACAAACUCUGCAAAUCAAGUAGCGUUCUUAUGGGCCAGAACGCUUCCUAUAGACUCAGCUAUAAAGUUGCUCAAUAAGUAUGGAAUUUUAGAGCAAUGUAUUAACUACGCUUGUGAAACUUAUCAGUUUGAUUUCGCAUUCCAGCUAUGUAAAAAUCUACCAAAUAAGGUAGAUGAGGUUCAUUUGAAGUAUGCGAUGGCAUUAGAAGACGACGGCAAGUUUUCGGAAGCUGAAACUGAGUUUAUAAAGGCCAAAAAACCGAAAGAGGCUAUUCUAAUGUACAUUCAUGCUCAGAAUUGGAUAAACGCAUUAAGGAUCGCAGAAAAAUAUGAGCCGGAAUCAGUCCCUGAAGUGCUACAAGCACAAGCAGCUCAAUGUUUCAAAGACAAACAAUUUCAGGAAUUUGAGGUUUUAUUACUACGAGCUCAAGCUCCUGAGCUAAUCGUACAGAAAUAUAAAAGUGAAGACAUGUGGAUAGAUGCUCUUAGAGUCUGCAAAGAUUACCUGCCUCACCUCUACCAUACUCUUCAAACAGAGUAUAGUAGCUCACAUCACAACAAAAUGACUGACGUAAACAUUGAGACUCUUCUGUCAAGAGCCAAUGAAUGGGCUUUGGCAGGCCAACAUAAGCAAGCUGUAGAUUGCCUGCUUCAAGUCAACACGAACAUUACCGAGCCAUCGAUUGUAAAACGAGCUUUGCUCAGAGCUGCUGACAUGGUUAAUAAGUUUUUGUUUGGGCAGGAGGCACUCGAUAUCAUCAAAGUUUUGUCACCUAGAUUAAUGGAAGUCGGGGAGUAUAACGUUGCAGCACAACUUUACGUAAGUAUGGAAAUGAUGAAAGAAGCUAUUGAUACUUUCAUAAUAGCGGAGGAAUGGGCCAAAGCUAGAAAAGUAGCGAAAGAACUAGAACCUGCUUAUGAAAGCUAUGUCGAGAGCAAAUAUAAAGAUCGUUUACUGAAAAAGGGAGACGUUGAACAGCUAGCGGACGUUGAUAUUAUAGGAGCUCUCGAUCUCCUCGCAGAACAGGGCCAGUGGGCCAGAUGUAUCGAAAAAGCAAAAGCUCACAACACACCAACUUUACAUAAAUACGUGGCUCUUUAUGCCGCCAAACUGUUGAAAGAUGGAUUUGUGACAGAUGCAUUGAAUUUAUAUUCAACCCAUGGGGCUCCAGCCAUGCCUCAGAAUUUCAACAUUUAUAACCAUAUAGCAACAGAGCUUUUCGGUGCAAAUGAUCUAUCCGCUCCAGAUGGGUAUGGUGUGUGGGAAAAAUUGAGGCAGAUGCUUCUAGAAAUAAAUGAAGGUUUGGCAGUAGCGCCGAACAUUACACCAGAUACAAAGACUCAUUUCAAAAGCCUGUUGUUGAUCAGUCAUUAUUACGCUUUAAGAUGCGCCUGCAGACAAGUAUCCUCUUUAAAGUCUAUUGGAGUCAAAAUCAGUGCAGCACUUUUGCGAUAUACCGAUUUUAUACCAGCUGACAAGGCUUUUUAUGAAGCAGGCGUUGACAUGCGCGACGAAGGACGUCUAUCCGAAGCAUUUGUAUUUCUCAACCAUUACUUAGAUCUUUAUGAAGCAAUAGAAGAUGGUGAAGGGCAAUUGGUUGAUCAUACUGACUUUAUGCAAACCGACUUUCCUUCUAACGUACCUUUACCCUCUAGACUAUAUCUGGCAGAUGAUCCCAAGGAACACGACAGCAUCAAAGAAUGGGUGCUUACCAGCAGUAUGGAUGGCAACAUUGAACAGACACUUCCGAUCGACGACAGACAACUGUAUGAAUCGUCACUUCAACCCGGUCAGAAUCCAUGCUUGGUGACUGGGUAUCCAAUUCGCAAGCAGCCAGUAUCGUUUGCCAGAAGCAAUUUACAAGCAAACAAAGACGCAUGGGCCAAAAUAACUAUGGGAGCCAAAAUGGCACCCGAGUCCAAUGUCGCUGGCGUCAUAUCGUUCGUAAAUAAAUGGUGUGGUCCACCGAAUUAGGUACACUUACAAGACUUACAUUAUGUAGUCGUUUAAUUUUUACACUUCAGUUUAUAUGUAACAGGUUCAUUUAUUAUGAUAAAAUAUAUGUUUGUGCACUUUGAACGACGUAUGAUUAUCUUAAAUUGAC